GAGGAGAGAGCUACUGAAUUGUGCUCUUUAUGGGUUGAAUAUCUGAAAGAUCCAGAUUGGCAUCCUUUCAAAUGCAUUAAAGUUGAAGGAGAAGGAGAAGAACACCAGAUUGUUCCUGACGGUUUGCUGUGAUUCUGUUUCAGGAAGUGAUAGAUGAUGAAGAUGAAAAGCUGAAAGAUCUGAAGUAUGAAAUGGGUGAAGAGGUUUACCUGUCAGUCAUAGCAGCUCUAAAGGAGAUAAAUGAAUACAAUCCCAGUGGGAGGUAUAUAAUCUCAGAAUUAUGGAAUUAUGCAGAAGGAAAGAAGGCAACACUGAAAGAGGGGGUAGUAUAUCUACUUAAGCUGUGGGACACAAGUAAACGCAAAAAGGGAAUGCUUUGAAGGAUCUUGGCUCCUAGGAGAGACACCAUUAUCAAAAUGAACGGCAUCCAUAAUGUAGCAUUUGAGCUGGUGUACUAUUCAUAAAAAAUGAUAUUGUUGAUGUAGUCUUUUAGUUUUUAGGCACUGAAUUGUUAAUCAAUGCCUCUUCUUGUCAUUUCGGUUAUGUAGACCCAUUUAACUUGAACUUUCAAGGUCUGUAUUGCAGUAGGUCUAAGGUUGCGUUUACUUGUCUUGGAGGAGAGUGUGCUUCAUGUAGCCAUUAAUGCCUUGUAAUAAUGAACCCAAUCGCUGUGUGCAACUGUGGAUCCGUUCUCAUCUUAAUAAUAUAUUUACUUCUCUUUUUUUUUUAUUCUUCUACAUUAGAUUUGUAAUUUACCGAUCUACGGUGAGGAUGAAGCCAGGCAGACUUCUUCCAUUUUGGACGUCUUAGAGCCGGCAAGGCAAUGUGGGUGAUAGAGCCAUAGAGGAGGGGUGCUGGUAGAAGUUGCAGAGAAGAGCCUGGGCUCUCUCCGAUACAGAUGGCGGAGGACAGGAAGGGGCUAUUUUCACUGCGAUUCCGCCAUACAAGAAAAGCCUCUGACAGCAUACCAAAAACAGAGACAGCGGAAACUGCAGACCCCGUGAUUCUUGAAAAGAAACAUGAAAGAGGAAACUGGGAGGACCAUGCAUUUUCAGGAGGAGCUCAACUUUGAAGAGAAAUUUCAACCUCAUAGUCAACUGGGGAGAGGCAAGUGCAGAGAGGAGCAGGAAAGUGGCCAACAUGGAGAGGACUUCAGGGGCAAUGUAUGUGAAGAGGCACUCAAGAAAGAGCGUAAAAUUGUUGCAUCUCUUAUACAAGAGAUUGAAUACAAAAACCAGCAUCUAUCUGAAUUGCAGCAAAAAUAUGAUGAGACAACAGCAAGUUUUCGAGCACUUAUAACUGAACUCACAGAAAACAUCAACUUCCAGCAUAAAAAAUUUCUGGCAAUGGAGCUAGAGUAUCAGAUAAGAGAGAAAAUGCUGAUGGAUGAGAAUACCAGGUUGCACAAAGACUGUGGUGCAGAGAUUAGAUGGAUGCAGUCUCAGAAUAGGAGGCUGCACUGUGAACUUGAGGGGAAAACCAGGGCCCUGGAGGAGUGCAAAACCCAGAAAUAUUUGAAGCAUUGUGAGCACAGAAGAUUCUUGCAAGAAAUAAAAAAGCUGAAAGAGGAGUUGCAAUUGCAAGACCAAAAAUCUAAAGCAAUUGAAAACAACUUUGCUGCUCAGAUUACUGAACUGAGAAAUGAGUUGGAGGAAAAAUCUGACGAACUGCAAUAUCAGGAAAGCCUCAACAAUACUCUGAUACUUAAAGAGUUGUUGAGUAGACAAGAGCUCCAGGAUGCUCGUAAUGAAUCUAUAAAUAGUUUGAAAGACGUGUUAAAUAACCGAACAACCCUAGUUAUCAAAAGAAUGGGGGAAAUUGAUCCAAAAGCUUUUCAAGAAGCAUGUUUGCAGAAGUUCCCCAAUGGUGACUUGGAGUAUAUCUCUGCUAAACUAUGUUCAUCAUGGGAAGAAUAUCUUAGGGAUGUAAACUGGCAACCAUUCAAGGCUGCCACUAUAAAAGGCAAUUUACAGGAAAUUGUAGAUGAAGAUGAUGAAAAACUGAAAGAGUUGAGAAAUGAAUAUGGCGAGGCUGUGUACAGGGCUGUUGCCAAUGCAGUGCUGGAAUUGAAUCAAUACAAUCCCAGCGGGAGGUUUGUGGUCUCUGAGGUAUGGAACUCAAAAGAAGGAAGGCGUGCAACUUUGAAGGAAAUCAUUCAAUACUUAAUCAAGCAAGUCAAAACUCACAAACGUAAAAGAGGGUCUCUCUAGUGUUGACAUUGGAUGUUUCCUGGUACUUCUUGGAAUUGCUCUUUCCCACCAGCAUAAAAGCAGUGGAGGUUAUCUUCAGCAGUUUUUGGGUUGGAUAAGAAGAUUCUACUUUCUCUCUAAGAAGGAAGAUGCUUUCUUAAGGAGAACGCUUUAUCCAAGAGUAGCUAAAAGUUGUAAUAGCUAGUUAGAAACUAGAGAGCAUUAAAUUUCUUUCCAUUGAGUAGGUACAAAUGGUAGGAUAAAAAAUAGGGUUGUGAAGUAUCUAAAAAUUAAAUUUGACUCAUUUAGGAUACGCACAGUUGAUGAAUUGCUGCUAAAAGGUAUUGGGAAUUUGUAAAGGAUGAUGUUCUCACUUUAUCUUCAACACAGUUUCAGUUUUAUGCUUGUAAAUACUCCUUGAGCAGUAGCAUUCCCUGGU